AUGUCGUUUGAAUUCAUCGGCCAUGACAGUACGUGAUCAGUACGUUAGCAGCUGUUGAGGAGCCGUGGUGGCGUUUGGUUGGUUCGUAGCGUCGCGAGCGCGUCGUGCCUACCGCCGUAUAAACACGCGUCAAGACCGCGAGCAAAGUCCCCUCCCGGGUCUCCGUGCGCGUUGCGUCGCGUCGCGUCGCUCCUCGUGGGAGUGCCGGAGCAUGCCACACGUAUCCGAGUGAGACGAGUAAAAUGUCGUUGCCGUUGUCGGCCGACCGAGACAAUCCGCUGACAAACAGGUGAAGAUGGAAGAUGAUGCUGAUCUCAGGGAACAAUUGUUUCACAACACCGUGCGGGAGAACAUAAUAUUCUUGUUGCUUUUUCUGCUGCUGUACAUCUCCAGCUACGCGCUGAUCGCGCGCUUCAGACGCCGUGAUCGCGAGGAUUAUCUAUCGAUAGACGAGGAUGAGGCCACCGUAUACAGGAUCAGUCUCUGGCUGUGCACAGUCGCUUUGGCGGUCUCCAUCGGAGCGACCCUCCUGCUUCCGGUGUCUAUCGCCAGCAAUGAGGUCCUUAUCCUCUAUCCAAACAGCUACUACGUUAAGUGGCUCAAUAGCUCUCUUAUCCAAGGUCUCUGGAACCACGUGUUCUUGUUCUCAAACCUAUCACUCUUCGUGUUUCUGCCCUUCGCCUAUCUCUUCACGGAGUCGGAGGGCUUCGAGGGUCACAGGAAGGGCGUGAUGGCGAGGGUGUAUGAGACCGUGACGGUACUUUGUCUUCUGGGCGGCAUGGUACUCGGAAUGACUUACGUGUUGUCGGCCCUGUUGGAUUACCAAAAAUCGAAUUUGUACACAUUGCUCAAUUUAUGGAGUUACUAUUUGCCUUUCCUGUAUUCCUGCGUCUCGUUCGUCGGCGUAGUAAUGUUGUUACUCUGCACUCCAGUGGGAUUUGUAAGACUGUUCGGCGUAGUGGGGUCGUUUCUCGUUAAACCCCAAUUCCUCAAGAAUUUGGAUGAGGAAUUUUACGCGUAUAGACUAGAAGAGGAUUGCAUCCGCAGGAGAUUGCAGCAUGCGAAGGCAACAGGAAAAUCGUACGUAUCACCGACGCCAAUGAUGUCGGCGGCAAGCUGCGAUACGCCAGCGCAGGAAGAGGACGAGCCGUUGCUGAGCGUCAGUCCAGGUCUGCUGUGCCUGAAAAAUGGUGCUCUACAAAAGGGUCUCACUCAACGGCUGGACGAGGUUCAGAAGCGACGGCAACUGUUGGAUCAGCAGAGGAGAACCUGGUGGGUGCGUCGCACGCUACUCUAUCCGGUGGCGAUGUUAGCGUUGCUCGUGCUCUCCACCGCCACGGCCUUCCUGGCAGUGCAGAACACUCUGGAGUUGCUGAUAGGCAUCAAAGCAUUACCGUUAAGCACGAGGCAAUUCACACUCGGCAUCAGUUCCCUGUCCAAGUUGGGACCCAUCGGAGCGACCAUCGAGGUGGCGGUGAUCCUCUAUCUCGCCGCGACCAGCGCAAUCGGCCUGUACGCUCUGCCGGGCGUCAGAAGGGUUCAGCCGAGGCUCCGCUCCACGCCGCUCACCCAUCUUAUCGCAAACUGCGCUCUCUUGCUCGUGCUCAGCUCGGCAUUACCAUUAUUAUCGCGAAUACUAGGAAUGACAAAUUUUGAUCUGCUGGGCGACUUCGGGCGUAUCGAGUGGCUUGGCAACUUCAAGCUCGUCCUCCUCUACAAUUUAAUCUUCGCAACAGCGGCGAUCGGCUGCCUGGCCACCAAGUUCACCGCGACCGUGCGCAAGGAGAUUUACGCUCGCUUGAGGAGUAGCUUGCUGGGUAUCUUCAGGACUACGAGCGCCGUCGACGCGAAGAAAAACUCAUCAUCGUCAGGGAUCUUUUCUACAAAGGAAGAUUAGACUGAUUUCUUAUAUUAAUUGUAUAAUAAUUAAUAAGCAGAGAGAAAACGAGACGUUGGGACCUUACGAAAGUUCGUCUGGUUGCCAAAUUACUGUAUCAGGGAAACAAAGAACUCUUCGAGCUUUCGAGUCGUCGGGAAAUCGAGUUGUCUUGCGUCUGAGAGAGUAAUUGGAUCGUAAUUUCUCAAAUUUUGUAGUCACGUCGAUCCUUCGAUGCUUACGAAGCAUCGAGUUCUUAGAUCAUUAGAUUAUUAUCGUAUAUUUGGGUGUUUUCCGGUAUGUCGAAGCCUUCUAUUAUUUCUGCAUGCUACAUUUUAUUAUUUCGGGAAAUCCCCAAAAGUAAUUUUGAAGGCUAUAUUUUUGAAAUUGUCCCAAGAAUUUUUAACGUUACGUUCACAGAGUUUCUUGUACCUGAGAUUGGCUUUUCUAAAGAUCUACAUAUCGUUGCGUCCUCGGAGUUGCAUUGAAAUCACUGAUGAACAGUUUGCCUACUAAUUUCAAUAUAAUCCGAGUCUGCGAACUUGGCUUUUUAACUCUUGGACAUUCUUACGUGCUUUUACUUUUGCAUUGUCAAGCAUUACUGUGUCGAAGAGCCAACGAAACUUUCGUGAGAGCCUACAAUUUUAUCGCUUAGGAUUGAGUAAGCGAGCGUUAGUGAUCAGUCGCAAUUACGAAGCGCGAGGCCAGUUGAGGACAUCGUCCGACCAUGGACGUCGAAGUGGUCAUAUCCGUAGUGCGUAUACCGAUAGUUAUUUAUUUAUUAUGUUAAUAUAUUAUUUUUAGGAAUAUAUUUGUGUGCGCUCAAGGAAUCCAGCCUUGAGCGAAUGUGCGUUGCAAUUAAUGAAUGAUUAUAUAAUUCACAGUGGAGUGCAAGGGAAGGAAGGAUACGUAUGGUAUAAAUUACGCGCGCGCGCAGGGGCGUUCAAAGAAAUUUAUAUACACAAGAAUUCGUCCUCGUCCAGGAGGAAUCUUCGACGAACGUUCCUUAGCUUUAAACGUCCCCCAAUUUUACAAUUUCGCGUUUAAAAUAGAAGAAAAUACUUUUUCAUCUUACAAACAAGUUCUAAUGACUGCUUGAGAUUAAGAUACCUAAGAAACCUAAGAAAUUGUUCUUAAUUACAAUAAAAGCUUGAACAAUUAUUUAACGACUUGUUACGCGAGAUACGAGAAUGUUUUUAGACUGAAUAAAUCGCAAUAAAAAUGAGAUUUUAAAAAAAA